AUGAUGGGAGCAGGGGAGCAGUGCGCGUGUUUCUUGACAGAAAGCCACAGAUUCACCCUUCAAGCUCGAUGCUGGCAUGGCGCUGCCUGCUUCCUCAUCUCUCAUGAAGAGCCACUGCCGAUCAUGCGACGCAGAGGGGAGGAUACCAAGCAGCCUGGGAAGGCCCCAAGUGCAGAUGAAUGCCUGGAAGGUGUGAGUUCCACCACAAGCAGCUCCUUGCAGACCUUCGUCAGGACGCUGGCGCACCCUCAGCGCUCCGCGGUGCUGGUGCUGGCACUGAGCUUGGUCGCGGUGGGUAUCCAAACCUGGGAUGAGGACGUGGUGCUGAGCAGACUCCUGGUACUAAUCGGCCUUUUCAUUGCUCCUGCUGCGAUGGGGCGCUUGCCACCUCCUUCGGAAGUUUUCUUCAGGGAAGAUAUGGAGGGGGAGAGGCUCGUCGCACCUGCAAGCGUGCAGGCUCCCGAGGCCAUGACGAUGGAUGCAGGAUGCAUUGCCUGA